AUGGACAGUAUGAGAUCGCUAUCGCCCCAGUUUGAGAUUCCUACACACUGCAAAGCCGGUGUCGUUGUGAACGAAGGACCUGACUUCCAUCUGGAGGUACAGGAGGUGCCAGUACCGGAGCCAGGCCCGUACGAUGUACUUAUUCGCUUGAACCUCACCGGCCUAUGUGCCUCCGAUAUCCACAUGAUGAGAGGAGAUCUGGGCCUUCCGCCCAUGUCCUCCUUCGGUGUACGCUCCCCAGGUCAUGAAGGAGCAGGUGUGGUAGUCAAGAUUGGGGCCAAUGUGCGGAACUUCAAAUUAGGCGACAGAGCUGGCAUCAAGCCACUUGUGGAUACCUGUCACGCAUGCACUUUGUGUUGGGAUGACAAAGAGACAUACUGCAAGGAUGCAAUCCAUUCUGGCUUGAUGGUACCAGGGACGUACCAGCAAUAUGUGGUUUCCCCCGCACGCUACGCUUCGCCCAUUCCUGACGGGGUCCCUGACGAGAUCGCAGCCCCGAUCAUGUGCAGUGCAAGUACCAUAUUCCGAUCGCUGUUCGAAGCGAACCUGCAGGCAGGAUCCUGGGUUGUUUUCCCUGGCGGAGGGGGCGGCGUAGGGAUCCAGGGAGUCCAGCUCGCAAAAGCGAUGGGACUACGGCCUAUUGUGGUAGACACCGGGGAUACUAAGCGUGCAUUGGCCCUCAAGAUGGGAGCGGAGGCCUUUGUGGACUUCAAAGAGUCCCCCGACCCUACAAAAGACGUGGUUGAUAUCGCCGAUGGCGUUGGGGUGCAUGGGGUCUUCAUUACAGCCCCUGCUGCCUACAAAACUGCCGUCUCAUUUGUAGGCGACCGCGUCGGGUCGGUGGUGAUGUGUAUUGGGCUGCCACCCCGAGGCUCGAUGCUUCUGGGGGCCGAUCCAUGUGACUAUAUCUUCAAGAACUUGAGUAUCAAGGGAACUUUGGUGGGAAGCCGCCGGGACACUGCGCGUGCGCUGGACUUUGCCCGGAGGGGAAUGCUACAUCAGAUCAGCGAGGUUUACCCCGUCAAUCGAUUCCCCGAGGCUGUGGAGAAGCUGCGCCGCGGUGAAGUCGCCGGCCGCAUUGUGGUUAAGUUUGACUGGGUGGAAUAG